AUGUCUCGCAAGAUCAUCGCGGCUCUUGCCUUUGCCCCGGCUGUGGUGGCCAACAGCUGUCCGGGCUCGGCAUCCUUCGUCCAUGCCAGCUGCCAGGUCUCCGUGACCGCGGAUGCCACUUGCUUGGAGGUCAUGUCCGAGAUGGAGGCACGUGUGGCCGGCAUCAGCACCGGCGCAUGGCAUGACCCGCACAACAACGGCACCUACUCGCAGCAGGAGCAAGGUGCGGCCGAGCUUGCAUUCCAGCGAACAACAGGCAACAAGAAGUACACGGACAAGCUGAAGUUUACUUUCGAGGAUGCUCCUGCUGGCACCUGCAAAAUCCAGGGCUGCAGCGAAAGUCAAGUCUUCUCCGUUGCCGACUUCUCCACCAACUACUGCAACCUGCGCAUGCUCUACUGCGGCUCUCACGAGGGGUGCAAGCCUGUCCAGAAGGACUUCGCCAUCACUGAGACCUCGGUGAGUCCGUCCUUGGGGGCUUCGAAAAACCCCGCAGAUUGCCUGAAGACCAUGACUAUGAGUCAGCACUUCCUGUCAGUUCAGGCGCAACCCCAGUGCCCACCGUCUGGCUUCGAAACGGUGAAGGACUUCGACCUGGACAGUUUCAUCUCCAAGCGCUGGUACAUCCAGCAACAGAUGGAGACCAAGUACCUGCCGAAGUCCCAGAACCGCUGCGUCUAUGCUGAGUACAAGCUUGAACCCAAGAAGACUCUCUUGGGCUACGACGUGGCUGUGCACAACCAUGCAGAGGAAGUCGCACCCCCGCACACCGUCCAUGACUCCGGCAGCAAGAUUUGCGCCAAGGUCGUCGACAAGGCCCGUGGGAAAUUGGAGGUGGCGCCCUGCUUCCUGCCAAGUGCCCUCGCGGGCCCUUACUGGGUCGUAGACUACGACGAGGGAGCAGGCUACGCUUUGAUCUCUGGUGGUGCACCGACCCUGCCUGCAGAGAAGGGCUGCAAGACCGGAUCGGGAACCAAUGACUCCGGGCUGUGGAUCUUCACGCGCGAGCAGAAGCGGGACGAGGCUUUGGUGCAGAAGGUGAGGGCGAUCGCAGCUCAAAAGGGCUUCGACCUCUCCGUCCUCAACGAUGUGGACCAGAGUGACUGCGGAAGUAUCGCACAGGUUGUGGUGUGA